AGCCCAUCGACUACGUUCCGAUGCUCUCUUUCUGUGACGGCCGUGGUCAAUUCAAUAGAACAUGGGCGGCGACUUUGACUCCCAAUAUCGAGAUAACCGACCUUAUCGAGAAGGGUUGCCGUUGUAACGACGGCUGGGCUUCGGUUGGCAUCAGAAACGAGACGUACUCCUAUUAUGUUAUUCG